AUGGCUGAUGAGUCCAAGACCGGUCCGAAACACCAUCAGCGGACGAACUCGCUAGACCAGUUUACCGACCCUUUUUCGACUGCAGAGAUCUAUUAUGGGCCAGCAAACGAUCCCAGUAAGAAACAUUACAAGGGCUUCAAUCGCACAAGGACUAUGAGCGUUUUGGGAAAUUCUUCAAAAUUUAAAACAAGAGAUUUCACCUCAGCACUGCCCGUCACAAGACGUGGUUCAGAGGACGACAGCUAUUUAAGCUCUAAGGGACGAAGAAAGUUCUUUAUCGAAGACGUUGAUGCUACUUUAGAACAAUUGCUAAGUGGCGAAGACACUGACCGUAACUACCAGAUCACGAUCGAGGAUACCGGACCCAAGACAAUCCGUAUCGGAACUGCGAACUCAAACGGAUACAAAAAACUCAGCAUCAAGGGUACCUAUAUGCUCUCUAACCUUCUUCAAGAACUGACGCUUGCCAAAAGCUUUGGAAGGAAACAGGUCGUUUUAGAUGAAGCGAGGCUGAACGAAAAUCCGGUGAACAGACUAGAAAGACUCAUUGUCACUCAAUUUUGGAAAUCCUUGACUCGAAGGAUCGACCUUAAUAACGUGGCGCGAAUUGCUGCUGAUACCAAAAUUGAUACUCCCGCAGCCAAGGUACCUCGGAUUUAUGUACCCUACAACUGUCCCGAUCAGUACGAAUUUUACAUUCAGGCGUCCCAGAUGAAUCCUACUUCAAACCUGGACGUGGAAUACCUGCCCAAAGACAUCACUCCUGAAUACGUGAAAUCUAUCAACGGCCGCCCGGGGCUCUUGGCUCUAGCUAUGGAAAAACACAUGGACCCAGCCACAGGUGAAGAGGUGAUGUUCAGCUACCCUUACGCUGUUCCUGGAGGUAGGUUCAAUGAGUUAUAUGGCUGGGACUCUUAUAUGAUGGCGCUCGGACUCCUCGAGGGUAGCAAAAUUGACGUUGCCAGAGGAAUGCUUGAGCACUUCAUUUUUGAGAUCGAUCAUUACGGUAAAAUUCUUAAUGCGAAUAGAAGCUACUACUUGUGCAGAUCUCAACCUCCAUUCCUCACUGACAUGGCCUUGAAAGUAUUUGAAAAAAUGGGCGGAAGGAGCAAUCCAGACGCCAUUUCAUUGCUGAAGCGCGCGUUUGCAGCUGCAGUGAAAGAGUACAAAACAGUCUGGAUGGCACCACCCAGGCUUGAUAAAAGCACGGGAUUGUCAUGUUACCACCCUGACGGCCUUGGAAUACCACCUGAGACUGAACCUGGCCAUUUCGACGCUGUUCUCAAACCCUUCGCCGAGAAGAAUAAGGUCACGUUGGAGGAAUUUAGAGACCUUUACAAUGACGGUGCGGUUCUGGAACCAGAGCUGGACGAGUACUUUCUACACGAUAGAGGGGUUCGGGAGUCAGGACAUGAUACUACUUACAGAUUCGAUGGCGUUUGUGGGUUUCUUGCAACGAUCGACUUGAACUCUCUCCUUUACAAGUACGAAGUCGAUAUCGCAGACCACAUUGAGAAGUUUCAUGAUGGCGCUUUCACGGAUCUAUUAGGUGAGAAGACAGAAGUCUCGUAUUGGAAAGAGCAAGCUGCGAAAAGAAAAGAAAGGAUAAACAGGUACCUAUGGGAUGAGGAGACCGGGUUUUUUUACGAUUAUCACAUCAAGUUCAAGGAGAAAAUCACAUACGAAUCUGCCACGACAUUGUGGGCCUUGUGGGCAGGUGUAGCAACGAAAGAGCAGGCUGCCAGAAUGGUACACCUCGCAAUACCCAAACUAGAAAUGCUAGGUGGCCUUGUUUCUUGCACCGAACAAUCCAGAGGAGAGGUUUCAAUAGAGAGACCCACUCGGCAGUGGGACUUUCCUUUCGGGUGGGCACCUCACCAAAUUCUUGCUUGGAAGGGGCUUUCAAAGUACGGUUUUGAAGGUGAGACUAGACGACUGGCUUACAGGUGGCUCUUUUUAAUGACAAAGGCAUUCGUUGACUACAACGGAAUUGUAGUCGAAAAAUAUGAUGUUACCAAAGGAACCGACCCACAUAGAGUGGAAGCAGAGUAUGGAAACCAAGGAGCAGACUUCAAAGGGGUAGCUACAGAGGGCUUUGGUUGGGUCAAUGCGAGCUUUGUAUUAGGAUUGAAGUUUAUGGAUACACAAGCAAGAAGGGCUCUAGCUUCCUGUAUAGACCCUGACUCAUUUUUCGAAAAUCUGAGAACAGAUCAGCGGAAGCAGUAUGGCUUAUCCUGA